AUGGUCUCCAGCGCAGCAACGCUCGACCCAACGCUCCCGCUCGACAACUCGAUGGGAGCGAUGAUGAUCGGCGUGAUCGUCUCCGCCGUCCUACACGGGAUAUGCCUACUACAGGCCUUCCUAUAUUACCAGAACUACAAGAAAGACGUGUGGUACCUCAAGUCGUUGGUGAUUCUGACGGUAUCAUUCGACGCUAUCCACCUAGCGAUGAUCUCGCACGCGGUGUACCACUACGUCGUCUCGUACUACCACGAUGAGGACCAGCUACGAUUCUUGGUAUGGACGGUGCUGAUGGAAGCGCUCUUCACUGGUGUCAACGGCGCGGUCGUCCAAACGUUCUACACGCUCCGAGUAUGGCGACUAAGCAAAGGGAACAUUAUCCUCACGGGCACGAUCUUGUUCCUCAUCCUCGCUACUGUCGGUUCUGGUACAGCUUGGGUCAUCUUGUCAAUGCAGAUGGAGACGUACGACGACCUGCUCAAGAUCUCUCCACUGACUAUCACCAUCAACGCCCUCUCGACCGCCGUCGACGUCGCCAUCGCCGCGAGCCUGUGCAUCAUGCUGCAUAACGCGCGCACGGGGUUCAGGAAGUCGGAUACUAUUAUCACGAAGCUGAUCAUCUUCGUCGUGAACACCGGAGUGUGA